ACUUGUCCCCAACGCACACACUGACACACGGUCCUCGAAAUGCCACAAUUUGUCUCACUCUGCUAGCCCGUGAAUCCUUCCUUGCCAAAUGGUCAAAUCCCCUGACCAACAAAUCGAUCCUCCUCCCCUGACGGCAGCCGGGAACUCGUGCCUCCUGCCGCCGCCAGAGUCCUCACCCACUCGAUUGAUUUUUCUCGCAUCACAGAUGGCUGCUGGGAGGGGCAUGGGCAUCAGCCAGCUCUUGAAGAAAGUAUUUCGCCACCAUCCAUCUGGUCCAUUUCUGCCUUCUUCACCCCGGAUAAAUCAUGAGGAGUCCGUUGGAUUCAUUGGAUUGAGAGCAUUGUCUAUUCUUGGGGUUGGUGCUUCUGGCCUUUUAAGCUUUGCUACGAUAGCAUCUGCAUCAUAUGAAGCAGAGCACGGAUUGGAAGCCCCAAGCUAUCCCUGGCCACAUGCUGGCAUUCUUAGCUCUUAUGAUCAUGCAUCAAUAAGGCGUGGACAUCAAGUUUAUCAACAAGUGUGUGCCUCCUGUCACUCGAUGUCCUUGAUUUCAUACCGGGAUCUGGUUGGUGUUGCCUAUACGGAAGAGGAAACAAAGGCAAUGGCUGCUGAGAUUGAGGUGGUCGAUGGUCCUAAUGAUGAAGGCGAAAUGUUCACACGCCCGGGUAAGCUAAGUGACCGUUUUCCACAACCAUAUGCAAAUGAGCAAGCAGCUCGAUAUGCAAAUGGUGGGGCAUACCCCCCAGACCUCAGUCUAAUCACAAAGGCUAGACACAAUGGCCAGAGCUACGUUUUUGCUCUGCUCACUGGUUAUCGUGAUCCACCUGCUGGUGUUUCGAUUCGUGAAGGCUUGCAUUACAAUCCCUACUUUCCUGGUGGUGCCAUCGCGAUGCCCAAGAUGCUGAUGGACGGAGCUGUCGAGUAUGAAGAUGGAACUCCUGCAACAGAGGCCCAGAUGGGCAAAGAUGUUGUCUCAUUCUUGUCAUGGGCGGCGGAACCUGAGAUGGAAGAGAGAAAGCUGAUGGGAGUCAAAUGGAUUUUCCUGCUCUCACUCGCUCUUCUGCAAGCUGGAUAUUACCGGCGCAUGAAGUGGUCUAUCUUCAAGUCUCGCAAGCUGGUCCUUGAUGUGGUUAACUGAGGCGUGAUGCCUCAUUUCUUCAACCAUCCUGUAGUUUGUUUGUGCUUUUAAACUCCUGUAGUGUUCAUUGUUCACUAGGGAAAUAAAUUGCUUAUGCUACCUUGUUUGCUGUCUGUCGUUACAUACGCUGAACUCUUGUCAUAGAUGAAGAAAUGUUUUCACAUUGAGAGGCA